GUGGAAGUUCGUUUGAAAAUUUGAAGCUGUAUGGAAUACUCAUAAAUACGAGUAUCAAUGUAAACAAAAAAGGAAUAGUAGAAUGCCACCUAAUUUGCACCUCAUCUCUCUCUCUCUUCUCAGAAUUCCUGCAACUAGCUCUAUUCUUGGGGACCUAGGGCAUCUUGAAGAACAUCCCUUUCCUUGCUCAUAUCAUCACAUUUGAUGAGAUUCUAUAAUAAUGUGCGUAUGACAAAAUUGUGGUUCAGAGACUGGUGAAUUUGGAGUUCUAUGAGUGCUGGAUUGUUCUUCAAAAGUUGCUUCAGAGACUGUUGAAGACAACGAGAAUGCCUGCUCACAAGUCGAAAUCGGAGAAAAUUGAUGAUUCAAAGUCUCUGCGGAAGGACCCUUAUGAGGUUCUCGGAGUCAACAAGCACUCAACAGAUCAGGAAAUAAAAACUGCCUACAGAAAAUUAGCUCUGAAGUACCAUCCUGACAAGAAUGCAAAUGACCCUAGAGCAGCUGAUAUGUUCAAGGAAGUCACUUUUUCGUAUAACAUUUUGUCUAAUCCUGAAAAAAGGCGUCAAUAUGACUCUGCUGGGUUUGAGGCAGUGGAAUCAGAUAGCCAAGAAAUGGAACUGGACCUUUCAAGUUUGGGACCUGUAAAUACCAUGUUUGCUGCUCUAUUUAGUAAGCUUGGGGUACCAAUUAAGACCGCUGUCUCAGCCACUGUCUUGGAAGAAGCAUUAAAUGGUACAGUGCCCAUUCGUCCCCUUCAACUCGGGCAGUUAAUCUGUAGGAAGGUAGAAAAGCAGUGUGCUCACUUCUACGCUGUUACAAUCACAGAAAAGGAAUCUAAAGGGGGCUUUGUUUGCCGGGUGCUAUCAUCAGAUAAAAGCAAGUUUAAGUUAUUGUACUUUGAUAAAGAAGAAAAUGGUGGGUUGAGCCUUGCACUGCAGGAGGAUAGCACAAAAACUGGAAAAGUGACUUCUGCUGGGAUGUAUUUUCUUGGAUUCACUGUUUAUCACAUGGAUCCAGCACAUACAUCAAUGACUGCUGCAAAGGAUCAAGACUCUGCGUUGUUUAAAAAACUGGAUGGGUUUCAGCCAUGUGAAAUAACUGAAUUAAAACCCGGAACACAUAUAUUUGCAGUAUAUGGUGACAAUUUUUUCAAGAGUAUAAGCUACACCAUUGAAGCUGUUUGUGCUGAAAAUUAUGCUGAGGAUAAAGAGAACCUAAGAUCAGUAGAAACCCAAAUUUUAUCAAAAAGAGUGGAGUUGUCCAAGUUUGAAACAGAAUACCGGGAGGUUCUUGCACAAUUUACAGAGAUGACAAGUAGGUACGCUCAAGAAAUGCAAGCAAUUGACGAGCUCCUUAAGGAGAGGAAUGACAUACAUGCCUCGUAUACAACUGCUCCUCAAAUGAAGCGCAGUGGCAGUGGUCGUAAUAAAAGUAGUAGCGCUUCUAAUGAGGCCACUGAAGGUAAGCCUGCAAGACAGAAGAAAACUUCAAGAGAGCAUUUGAAGAAGAAAAAAUGGUUUAACAUUCACUUGAAGGUGGAUAAAAGGAAGCCUUGCUAAGUGCAGUUAGAUCUUCUACCAAUAUAUUCCACAAUGUCAAUAUUUGUGCUGUCUACUAUUUUUCUUGCAUAAAUGGAAGCACCCAAGCAGUUUCCUUUUUAUGGUAAUGCCUUAUGUCCAAGCAAUGAGCUUGUUGCUGGAUUACACAAAUUCGAAGUGACAGUUUUCUCUCGUUCGUCUAUUGAUAUCAACAGCGUUGUGAAACUUUGGCAUCUCAUGUAAUGGUUGGUCUAACAUGCAAAGCACUGCUACACAGUAGUUUUAGAAUUCUUCCCUCGGCAUUCUUUUGUUAGUCACUGUGUAUCUUUGUGGAUUCUACUAUCAAACGAUCUUUUGUUUCGUUUUCAUACUUUUAGAAAAUAUAAAACUUGUAGACAUGCUAAUUAUAGUUUGCACAUUGUUCUGUACAAACCGUCUGUAUAACACAACGUUUUCUUGUUAUGUAUGACACACCGUUGUUACUUGUUAUUUUCUUGAAGUAUAGACAAAAAUUUAUAGUGAUUCUACUAA